AUGGUCGUUUAUUCCCUCGAUGCAAAGUUUGUGUUCAUCAUGGGGGGUGCAGGCACAUUCAACUCCUCUGCCAGGUCAGGCACGCCAACGGUCAUUACGCCCAUCAUCGUGGAUCAGUAUGAUCAUUCAGACUUGCUGAAUCAGAUGGGCUUCGGUGUUGGUCUGAAGAUGAUGUCCAAGCUCAAGCCCGACGACUUGGCAGGGGCCAUCCAACAGUGCAUCCACUCAGAGUCCAUCAAAGAAAAAGCUAAAGCAGUGGCUCAAGGAAUGGAAAAGGAAGAUGGCCAGAGCCGCCUGGUUGAAGUCGUCAAUGAUUACUUUGAGAGCCACAUCAAAACGGGGCGGCAUGCAGCGAUCAAAGCCAAGCUUGAUCAGCAGCGAAGUGGCUGUUGUGCAUGCAUGGGAUCAUUAUGCUGCAAGAAACCACAACAGACUGAGACCUACUAG